AUGUCUUUUAGCUUUGCUGCCUUCACUCCUCCUGCACCCCUCGACUCAGGUAAGGAUUGGAUCCUCGCGGAAUGGAAGGAACUGGAGGAUAGGGUGAUUGCUGAGGCGAAGUGCAUUCUGGAUGAUAAGGAGGAGCUGCAGGAGGAAUGGAGGAUGUGGUGCGAACGUUGGGCUGAUAUUAUGGUGAGUGAUCCGUCUAUUCCAUUUGAUACGGAACAUUACCCCUCCGCUUCUAGAGAGUGCUAUCCGACUGCACUGACCUGGGGCCGCGCCCAGGACGUUGUCCUCACAAUGUCCGGUGAGGCAAGGGCCGCUGGGGUCGGGGCUAAUGAGCAGUACGAACAAUGGAUGGGUAUUGACUCCCCCCCGCGCACCCGCACCGGAUCCGCCCCUGCGCAACCACCUUCAACGGACAGGACGGGUGGGUCUGCAUCCCUUGCCCCCCGGAUCAACCGUAUGAAGAUGGAGGUAGCUAUCCUGUCCAAGUCUGCCAUUGCUCAGAAGACCAUUACUCACGAUCCGCCCUGCGCGCGUUGCAUCAAGGUAAAGAAGGAGUGUAAGUGUGAGUAUGCUUCAUUUGGAAAGGCGACGGGUCUUAAGGGCAAGGUAUUGGAUGCGCCCACCCUCUCUGCUAGUGCUAGCGGAUCCCUCUGUCGGACCGUCUCAUCUCCCGGUUUGGCUGUUCUAUCUGGCAGUGAGCCGGAAAUCGUCGAGGCCCCUGUGAAGUGCGCCACCCGCAACACGCGCAAGGCAGCGGAACCUAAGGGUAAGGGUAAGGGUAAGGCGAAGGAGGUCGUCCCUGCCACCCCUACAGUCGGGGAGUUGUCUGAUGAAGUGUCGCACUAUGAGAAGGGCGAAAUCAUGAAGGUUCAGCAUGAGUUGCGUGUCCUGAAGGGCCAGCUCAUCAGCCUCUAUGAGUCUGCCUACAAGAUCUCGACUGAGGUGGGUCACUUGGAGAGGCAUCUUGGGGGUCUCCUCUAG